GAAGCCCAGCUUGUCCCCGGCGAUGGCCGCACUUCUUCUUCCACCUGGAUGAAGUCAGCGGCUUGCACAGGCUCCGCCCCCCGCGCCUUCCAGCAUCACUUUUCACGCCUUGCCUUCUUCCCGCGUCCCUCCGACCUCCUCGCUCGCAGUCAUGGGGUUUCUCCGAGUGGCGUCUGAGGAGCGGAUGGAGCAGUGAGGAGCGCACGACUGGAUUUAUGCAUCCCCGGGACGCUUUGAGGAUGCUGAGGAUGUUUUGCUGCGCACUGUUCCUCCUCACACCUGCGCUCCACCUGAUCACAAGUGCCCACGCCUCAAAGUCCGAGAUCGUGAAGUCUGGGAGUCCUAAAUCAAACGUCAAGCACAUGUGGACCGAAGGCAGUAAGGACAUGUCCAUCAGUCGGCUGCUGUUACAGACUCUGCACGGCAAGGAGAACAACACAGCUUUGGACUUUCGCUACGACACUCCGGAGCCUUAUUCGGAGCAGGACCUGUGGGACUGGCUGAGGAAUUCCACAGACCUGCAGGAUUCGCGCCCCAGGGCUAAACGGCGGCCCAUGGUCAAGACCGGGAAGUUCAAGAAGAUGUUCGGCUGGGGGGACUUCCACUCUAACAUCAAGACGGUGAAACUCAACCUGCUGAUCACUGGUAAGAUUGUGGAUCACGGCAACGGGACAUUCAGCGUCUACUUCCGCCACAACUCCACGGGCCAGGGCAACGUGUCCGUCAGCCUGGUCCCUCCCACCAAGAUAGUGGAGUUCGACGUGGCGGCGCAGCAGUCCGUCAUCGAUGCCAAGGACUCCAAGUCCUUCAAUUGCCGCAUCGAGUACGAGAAGGUGGAGAAGGGCGCCAAGAACACGCUCUGCAACUUUGACCCGUCCAAGACCUGCUACCAGGAGCAAACUCAGAGCCACGUCUCCUGGCUCUGCUCAAAACCUUUCAAAGUCAUCUGCAUCUUCAUCUCCUUCUACAGCACCGACUACAAACUGGUGCAGAAGGUGUGUCCGGACUACAACUACCACAGCGACACUCCGUACUUCCCGUCUGGCUGACGUUUGCUCACGUGCAGUAGACCAGCACCAACCAGGGCUUAAACCCCAACACCCAGAAAUGUCUACGUUCCGUCCGCUGAAGUCUCAAACAUCGCGGUAUCAAACCUUCCUAUUGGUAUCCUAUUCCAACGUUUACAUCGUGGCGGGGAAGACCUUUUGUUGUGAUGUUGAAUCGGUAAAAAUAACUACUUUUCUUUCUCAGAUCGUGUUUUAACCCUGUCGACUUUUCAUUUAUUGGUAUUUUUUAGCGUCUUAGUAGUAUUCCUCUCUACGUUUUUCAUGUUUGGUCGCAACUUUUUUGCAACUCUUACCCCAGAUUUCCACUGAAUGAGUAACGGCAGCUAAGCCCAGUCGGGCGAUCCCCUCCGCCCUUCCGUUGUGGGGCCGUCCUGCGGCAAAAUAGCACGGACUUUUUUACGAGAUCUCGAGAAUCCGCGCGUCAUACUUGCCAACCCUCCCGAAAUUCAGCGCCUCUCCCGGAAACCUCCCGGGACAAAUUUUCUCCCGAAAAUCUCCCGAAAUUCAGUCGGAGCUGGAGGCCACGCCCCCUCCAACUCUAUGCGGACAGAGCCGUUUUCCCACAAUACAAACAGCGUGUCUUCCCAAUGACGGUGUAACUGUAGAAUGAUCAAGGGCGAGUUCUUAAGUUUCUUAUGUGGGUUUAUUGUUGGGCCGUUUCAUUAACGUCCUCCCAGCCCGGUAACAACACACAACAACAGCAGUCACGUUUUCGUCUAGCGUAAAGCAGUUCGUCUGCCGUAAACAGCAAUGUGGUGACACUCUUAAACAGGACAAUACUGCCAUCUACUGUACAUGCUUUUUUGACAACAGCAUCUACGGCUUUUAGAGAGUGCAGUGCACAACUGCGCACACAACAAGGAGACGAAGCAGAAGAACGAGGAAGACACAGCAUGUUCAGCAUGGUUAUACAAAUAGUUACAGAGAAUAGGAACUUGAAACUGGACUGAAAGUCAAAUAUUUGUUUUAUAUAUAUAUAUAUAUAUAUAUAUAUAUAUAUAUAUAUAUAUAUAUGUGUAUAU